GCUCUCUUUGUCCGCCCCAGAGCGGCAGCACCAGCGCGCACCUCGUCUCGCUGUCUCCGCCCUCGCUGCACUGGUUCCGUCCUAUAUAGACGGGCACUGCGAGGAUGCGGCCCCCCCACGCAACUCACCUCACGGAUCCCGCUCUGCUCCUCCUCAAAGCAGUAUCUCUGACUCGGCCCGCCAUCACAAUGCGCGCCACGCUCGCCUCGACAAUCUGUCUCGCCCUGCUGGCUGCGGCUCUUGGCCCAGUGCAGGCCGCGUCGUCCAGCCAUAUCACCAUCGGCCACGCAGCCUCGCUGCCCGGCAGCAGCAGCCUCGGCCACGAUGCUCUGCGCGUGCGCCACGCACGCCUCGCUCGCGUGCGGCGCUCGCCCGACCUCACCGCCGAGAUCCAGCGGCUCGGCUCACACCUCGUGCCGCUGCUGCAAGGCUCCACCCCAGCAGCGUCCGGCGAGGUCGCUCCGCAGCAGAAGCAGUCAGCACGCCCCAACGCCUCGCAGAAGCUGCGGACCAUGCCCGACGGCGACUCGGUGCAGGUCAAUAACGCCACGCGUGCCCGACGGGCCGCCAGCGUGCCGGCAGGCAUCCAGAACACGCUGUCGCUCGGGCAAGAUCCGUCAAUUCUGCGCGUCGACCGCAAGGCCGGCAAGCCCGUCUACAUCUACGCCGACAGCGACUUUGAGCGGGCGGCGCUGAUCCGCGUGGACACAGACCUGAACGAGGUGAACCGCUCGCCGCCGCGUGUGGCGGCGCAGUGGAAGAAGACGAUCGGCACGCAGGCGCCGGACAUUGCGCGCUGGGACGACAGCACGAUCAUCUACUCGGUCAGCUCGACGAAGGACGACAUGCUGCGCACGGCGGUGAGCGACUCGGCAACGGGCGCGUACCGCAAGCAGGGCACGAUCAAGUACAACGGCACGGCCGUCAAGGGCUUCGACAGCCACAUCUUCCGGCAUCCCAACGGCAAGCGCUACUUGGCGUGGUCGGACCACCAGAGCAUCCUGCUGGCCGAGAUGCGCAACUACACGGCGCUGGCGACGGCGCCCGUGGCCAUCGUGGCGUUCGACGACGCCGACGCGCGCCCCUUCUCCUUCUUCAACACCGAGGCGCCGUCGACGAUUGUGCUGCGCAACAAGAAGACGCGCGGCCAGACACUCAACCUGGCCUUUGCCACAGGCGACUUCCGCAGCGCCGACUACUCGACGCGCACGAUCUACAUCGACGCCGCCGCCGACCCGCUGGUGCGGCGCAACUGGACGUUGAACCGGCAGGCGAUGCUGCAGACGGACCGCGCCAAGAGCGUGUAUGGGCCCGGCAGCGGCGCCUUCUUCCGCGCGCCCGACGACCGCUGGGCGUUUGCCUACGGCGCAUGGCACACCGAGGCCGGCCAGGGCACCGACGUGGCGCCGACGGGGCAGCGGCGCACGAUCCGCGUGCAGCACGUGGCGUACGACGAGCAGGGCGUGCUGCUGCCCCUCGAGCCGGCUGCGGCGCCGGUGCUUGUCUAGCGAGGGCGUGCCGAUGCUUUCGCCCUCUGUGUCUCUCUCCGCCCUUGGCUCCACGCUAUGGCUGGCCCAUCUGCCGUGGCGCUGCCUCUGCAUGUCUGCUGUGCCCUGCCAUACCCUGCUUGUGUCGUGCACCUGCAUCGCAU